AACUGAAAGAACAGUGCAUGGGAGAGAGAGCGAGAGAGAGAGCGAAUUCCUCCACAGCUCCAGGGUGAUGAAGAGGUUAAACCAGCCCCUCUCCGCUGUGCUCUCUGCCUCCUUUUGCGGCUCCAGCCCCGCUUUAAACGGCAGCUGAGCGCUGAGCGGACAUGGACACAUCCGAACUUUAACUUUCAGGUCUUUCUCCUCUCUUGCCCGCGCUCCUCUCCUCUCUUGUCCUCCCUUUCCGUCUCCCGCUGGGCUGAGCUCCGAGUGAGAAGCUGCGCUGGCAGCUGCCGUCUCAUGGAAAUCUAAUUUUGCUCUAAUUUUCGGUCAGUCGCUCAGGUCUGUGGAGGCUAUUGUCGUUUCGCUGCUCUCUUGGUUUUAAUGGUUCACUCAUGCGUCGGGAAUGCCAUGGCCACUCCGAGCGCACAGCAACAGGAUUAUUUCAGAUCGGUGAGCAGCGAAUCAACCACCUACAUGAUGGUCCCGGCAGGCGGGCCGACCGCGGCAGCGCGCCGGGAAACGCCGUCCAAGAUGUGGGUGGCUAUGGUGGUGAUAGUGGUGGUAGUGUUGCAGAUUGCUUCGACCACGGGACUCUUUGUCUACCUGAAUAUGUCGAUAUCACAGGUGCGUAGCCAGGGAGUGACAGAGGAGUUAAAAUGCCUGAGUUUACUAAAUGCUCUGGAUAAGGACCAGGACAUCCCAGAUCAGUUAGCCCAGCUCUUCGGCGAACCCUGCAUCAAACUGGCCGAAGGCAUCAAAGCUUACAUCUCCAAGGUGGCAGAUAGCAUCAUCUCAAAGCGCAUCUUCACUGAGGCGAGAACCAUGCCUCACAAUUUCAACAACUCAGGGUCAAAGUUUAUGAGCCCCGUGACCCAGAGGCCAUCUGCCCACUUGACCCUCAGAGACGCCAGUUCUCAAGGGUUUUCUUCCUCCCUGAGCAUCAUGCCUGGUCUUCAUCAGUCCUGCCGCCAUUUGGUCCGCUCAUGGGCCAAUCAGAGCCUAGGAGCUCACCUGCACAACAUGACCCUGUCUAAUGGGAAGCUCCGAGUGCCCCAAGAUGGGAGGUACUAUCUGUACUCACAGGUGUAUUUCCGUUAUCCAUCCCCAUCUGCAAAUGAGGGGGACCAGCGCAGCGUCAGCCACCAACUGGUGCAGUGCGUCUACAAGAAAACGUCCUACCCAAGCCCCAUACAGCUCCUGAAAGGUGUGGGAACCAAGUGCUGGGCUCCAGACGCUGAGUACGCCCUACACUCCGUUUACCAGGGAGGACUUUUUGAACUGAGGGCCGGUGACGAGAUCUUCGUCUCUGUCUCUUCCCCCACCAUGGUAAAUGCAGAAGAAUCUGCUAGCUACUUUGGCGCCUUCCGUCUGGACCUCUGAGAGGAAAGGAUUGGAGAAAAAAAAGAAAGAAGCGAUGGGACAAUGGAUGGAUAAACAGAUGGGCUGGAGAGCUUGGGGCCUUUUGAAUAUCCACUGAUUGGGGGGAAAAAAUGGUCCUAUAGACAGAAGAGGAAAUGGAGGUCUGGAUCGUCAGUGUUUGCUUGGGCAGAUGCACUGAAGGAUGGAAGAACUGGGGUUUGAAAGAUCUACAUGGGUGAAGAAUACUGCAAGAGGAUAGUGGAUUUGCCUUUCCUGCUCUCUCGAUUAAGAGAAAGCAAGACUUCAAGAUAAAAGACAUGUGCAAUUGUGAAAAAUAAAUAAAUGUGAGGACUUUGAUUUACAGUUGAUUCUUAAGGGGGAAUUUGCCACAGGAAAAAAAUAAAAUCACAACCUUCUAGGUGAAGUUCAGAAAUUAGUCCACCAUGCUAUCUAGAUCUCAAUAUAACAUGACCCUACAUGUGUGAAUAUGUCAGUGACCUUUUUAUGGGAAAAAAUUAAACCCUUGGUUUGGAUUUGAAGAAUUUACACAAAAUAAAAACUUAACUCUCUACAUCAACGGCUGCAGAAGAAAAUGAAACAAUCAAACCAAAGCAAAAACUUCUUUUUUAAGUGUGCGAUGGGAGUUCUGUACAUAUGUAUGGCUGAGAAUGAGAUUUACACAAUGGACUGUGGUGAUUUUAAAAGUAAUUCAUUUUUAUUUUACCUUUGACUGGACUUAAAACCACUUGGGGAAUCUAAAGACUUCCUACUUGCGAAACACUAAAACUGUGGAUUUUAUGUAAAGACCUUUAGUGGAGGAAGGGGAUUGCCUCUGUGACAAACUGUAGAAAGAGCCAAGAGCUUUUUGAAGAGGAGUCUGCAAGCCAAGAAGAAGUGAAAACAAGGAGGGAGAAAUCUUGAUAACGCCAAUAAGAAUUAGCCCGGCACUGAAAGAUUAAAGGACAGAGAGCGAUGCUGUGGGUAGUAUGCAGCCUGACCACUCUGCGUGGUUGAUGUCUUUUCUUUCUCUUUCCCUUGAUUCCUUCUCUUAUCUUUUCAUGUUAACUAUUUUAUCUAUCUUGUCAAACCUGUGAAGCUGCAUUAUAUUUGAGUUCAUGGAGCAGUUAUGCAACCAACCACAAAGCAACAAUGUGAGAAGAAGAUGACAGAAACACAUGCAAAUAGUCUAGUUUCACAAUCACAGAGAGCAUGGAUUAAAGUGACAUUAAGGUUGGGUUACAUGGAGUUGUUGUUUUCACUGCAAUGAUCACUGGUUCCAUAACAUAAAAAUCUCAUUUUGGAUACAUGGAGUUAACAUAGUUCUUGGUGUAUUGCAUUAUCUUUCCAGGGUAGUAGCUCAACUUGAACAUGGCAAAAUGUGCACUUACCUAAAACGACUGCAGCAUUUAGUAAAAGGACUGGUUCUUAUAUAGUGGACUCAAAGCAGUUCAUACAGCUUGCCUCAUUCACAUGAGCACUUUUUUCUAUGCUUUCUUUCACUGUAAUUGUUGGUCUAGCUUCUGCAUUUGGGGAAAGUUUAAAACCUGUCAAGCCUCUAGCAAUGUCAAUGCUUCAGUUAAAAAAAAAGAAAAAUCCUCUAGUAUAGUAGCUAACACAGAGAAGGUGGAGAUCCCUGGGAGGGUUGCAUCAGGAAGGGCAUCCAGCCUAAAAAUCUGUGCCAAAUUCAAUAUGUGGAUGCAUCCGCUGUGGCGACUCGUUUUGAAUAAGGGAACAGCCAAUAAAAGCUUUCUCUGUGCUAGCUAGAGUGGAACAUAUUGUCCUUCUAUUUGCUGAAAAAUGAUUGGUGCUAAACAUUUUAACCACCAUCUGGACACUCAGAAUGCAAAAAAUCCACACCUUAAGCAAGAACAUGGGUUUAGCAGAAAAACUCAAAGGAACAUUUUGAUAGUUUGAAUACACAGUCACCCACUGGUUUGUGGACAUUCUCGAGCUUUGAGUUUAGCAUUGUGGUGGUCGGUAUCUUCAGCUUGCGUCUGCAAACAUUUACUCAUCAGGAGAUUGUUUACUGAGGUCAGACUUCGACAUGAUCGGACCUGUUUCUGCAACAAGAGAUUUGCCCCCUGCUGGUUAUGAGAACGACUACAAAUGUAAAGCACUUGACUUGGCAAAAAGGCUGGUUUUUAAGCAGCCUGUGCUCAGGUUAAGGGAAGAUAAACAAUACUUUCAUUAUGUAACCUCAGCUAUGUUAUUAUUGUAGACGUCAGUGACAGUGAAAGAAAUAGGGUAUGGAAACUAAUUUAAUGCAUCGGUGCUGAAAUUGUUUGUUCAGAAACACAAACAGCUGACUAAAAUUGGCUGACAGUCACUUAGUAACACUGGUGCAUACACAUAACAAUUGCAAACAUUAUGAGCAGUUCAGAAACUGUAUUCUCAAACACACUCGGAUGCUACAAAUCUGAAACACAGGAUCCCACACCAAGUCAAGCGAACACAGCCCAAGAUUUGGAACGAGUGAGAGAGGAUAUUUGCAGACAUAAACCAUCCACCGCCUAGCACAGACACAACCCCUACAUGCUUUUUUCUCUGUGUGCACAUAAAAAAAGUACACACAUCACCUCACACUACAUCCAGGCUAGCCUGUGCUAUGUAGACACACACAUCAUCCAAUGUCACAUCCAGCGUGAAGACAUAUGCCCUGAUUAAUCUGGGCUGUCUAGCCUCCCUGUGCCAUCUGGUAAUUGUCAGUGAUCUGGCAUACAGCGAGGGUGCGCACACAAGAAUAUAUGUUUGUUCAAAGGGCUUGGUUCACAUAGAUGAUUCAGAAAAUGCGGUAAAAAAAUGUUUUUCACAUGUGUUUAUUUGCAAAUGUGAGCUCCAGUUUGCUUUGUACACUUUGUACACUUAAGCACACAUUUGAUAGGGUAACUUCCAGACUAAGCCCCUCCUUCCCAUACAGCACAGGAUAUCUUUGUAUGCACACCGUGAAGAAGGUUAUUUUAUGGUGUAGUUUUGUCAGGCAUGCUAUGAAAACACAGCAACAGAGCUGGUUUAUUUUCUACUCAAAUCACAAAAUGAAAGGCAAAUCUCAUAUUGCAUUAAAUUACUGUUUUAAGCUCAAUUUUUGCUGGGUGGCACGCACCUGCACAUGUUUCUGUUGCUCUAACGCUCCCUGUGUGAAGUCAAGUUAUAUUCCAGUUAAAAUAAUAUAUGGUAACUUCAACAAUUAUGCAACAUGUUAAAUAAUAUUAUAACUGUAAAUCUCUAUACCACGUAUACAAAGUUUUCCUACCUUUUGCAGUUUAAAUGGUUAUUCUUUUGAGUGAAAAAACAAACAAACAGACAAACACCUUUUCAUCUGCUGAUUUAGUUGUAGGUCAGCCAUUAACCAAGAUUUGGUAGUAUCUUGGUUUGAUGUGGAAAGGUAUUUGUGGUAAAUCUAAAAUUGUACUUUCUGUCAACUAAACUGUUAGCCAGACACAAAAAAGUGUGAUUGCUUUGGUUGCUAGCAAAUUACUGAAGUUGCCGAUAAUUUGCAGGAAAGUUGUAGAAUUAUGUGCAAAGAUGUUCCAUUUACUGGCCAAGCCUUAGUAAAACUUAAAAAUAUACAAUUCAAACCAGAAAUCUAGAAAGUUAACUAAGUAAAGGUUGUGCUUUGCUGCUAUAACCAAUGCGUUUCAAAAGAUGCACCUUUUACUUUAAUGGAGAACUGUCUUCAUGUUGUACUUUCCUUAAUUUCAUUGCCUUUUGGUGACUAAUUGGCAAGGGUUUGCAGACAAGUCAGUGUUUCUCAUGCAACAGCAGCAAUCUGCUAACAAGGUUUUGGUGCAACAUCCUCUUGGUAGCCAGUUUCACAUAGUGACUACCAGUAACCUCCAUUAAUCACUCAAUAACAUACUGGAGACUUCACACUUUUACUUGUUGCUGCCACAGCGGUCAUUCUCUAGGCCUGUAUGACUAGGGUGUAGCUGGCAAUAGCUAAUAGAUAAUUAGCUUAGAUUAGCAUAGGUAUCAGAAACAGUAGAAUUGAUAAGAAGUUGCAUUGAAACUUUUCAAAUGUUUACUAGUAGCAGCUUUAUUAAAUUCACAGUAUAGAAGACAGGCUAUUUGUGAGCAAUUAGUGAGCAUUGGGAAAAGUCGUGGUAAUGGCUUCCAUGUUUAUUUUUUUGUGCUAUGCUAGGCUAACUUAGGUUUUACAAUUUGCAGGCAAAAACAAUGUUACAAAUUUGCUCCAGAUUUAACAGAAAGGAUUAUAAAAUAACAUAUUUCAGCAUUUAGCUGUGUUGGGGUCUCUGUGCAUAGUGAUUUAGUGAUUUAAAAUGUUUCACAAUGUGUCACAGAGUCACAAGAUAAUAACUGAGAAGUUUAUGUCACGUAAAGUCACUUUUCCAUCCAUAAAUGAUUGUCCUCUGAGAUGUAUUCAUUACGCUGAAGCCAAAGAUUUUCAGAGAUCCAUAUGUUGCAAGUAAUUGGACAGUUGUUCUGUUAUGAUUUGAUUUACAGAUCAUUUCAUUACAUUUCUGUGUACACACUUGUUACUCCUGCUGGUUGGUUAAUUAAAUUUCUGAAACUAAAAUGUUUUUCAUGUGGAGUACCCUGCAGAGUGAGUGUGUUCAUCUCUCAGCAUUUCACUUUCUGUUAGAUAAUGUAUAAAUAAGGACACACGCUGCUUUAGUUUAUCAUUUAAAAACAUAAAACAUGAGCUUGUCAGCACACUGUGGGGUAAUGUCACAACAAAUCAUCCAAGUAACUCAAAACAUCUACAUCAGAUGGUGUUUGGUGGGGCUGAAAUAAAUCCAAGUCAUUGGAUUUUACUAGGCUGAUGAGCAACAAUAGUCGGUCCUAAACUCAGAGUACAUUACUGGGUCAAUAAAAAAAGCUUUCCCCAAACUACUCAAGGUUAUCACAGAAAUAUUAACUAACAUAAUAGUAAUGUAAAACAGUGACAAAAAUGUUGCAACUUGAAAUGAAUCAAAGAUUAGGUAUUGCCACUGUCUAGUCUUGUGGUUGUGGGUGUUCUUUUAUGUGUUGGACAUAAGAUGGACAUAACAUUCAUGUGCCUUAAACCUACAGUCUUACUAAUACCCAGCAGGGGGCAACUCUUGUGGUCGCAAAAAGAAGUCCGAUUGUAUGGAGGCCAAUGAGCAAAAAGUCUAACUUUUUAACUUAUCUGCAGCCACUCUAAACACAUUGCUGAUGUGUUUAUGGUCUCAAUUACUACUUUUAAGCCUUACUAAAUACAAAAUCGUUGCUAUUAUAUUGGCAAGAUUGAAAGUAUAGUGCAUGAGAAAGCGAGAGCAUAAAGUUAAAUUGAUGAGGCGACUUAAAGUAAAACCAAAGUUUAAAUGCUGCUCAUCCAGCAGAUGAUAAUUAGAAGGGUCGUAUUGUGAGAUAGGAAGAGUACAAAUAUAUGUGUGGUCUGCUGUGAAUCCAACACGUGUUUGGUUAAAUCUGUUGGAUUGUGAAUGAUAAAACAUCACCACCCAGCGAUGUUUACCUUUGUAGUUCAGUUCUUAUUAUUGAGCAAGGCCUGUUUUUGAUGUGUUUUGGUAAAAUAUUGCUUUUAGUUUGA